GAUGAGGUCACGACAUACAUUUAUGUACGGCUGCUUGUUCAUGUCGUUCAGUUUCGUUUCGCGGUCCUGGUACUUACACUUAUCUCUCUACACAAUGCAGUGUCAUAUAAUUGUGAUUAGAUUGCAUGUGAAUAGACAUUUUUAUCCUAUUUUACAAGUAAAACCUGUUUUUUUAAGGACGAGGGUAAAAUAGUGUUUGGCCAGUCAGACAAUCGACGGCUGCGAAAUCUUUGUCAGAGACAGGUAGGCCCGUGCAGAGGCCUCACUGUCAUCCCAGAUGUCGCAACAAGAGCAACAACAACUGUCCAACAUGUCAAAAUUAGCAGAAUUGUGGCAGUCUUACAGUCAAGCCAUUGCUGCUUAUACCAACCAAACCCCACAGUCGGGUCCUCAGUCGGGCACCCAGGCUCCAAAUGUCAAUGUGGCAUCCUCCCCAAACAGUAAUGCCGCUGCUGCAGCAGCAGUUGCUGCUGCCCAAUACUAUGGCACCAGUGGAGGGGCAUCUUCAUCCAUGCUGGGCACAUCAGGGAACAAUCCCUCUGCUGCACCACCUGCCUCCAAUCUCCCGUAUGCUGAGUUCUAUGCCCAAAUGGAGAAGUAUUACUCUGCAUGUGCCAGCUACACACAAGGUCAAGCUGCGGCAUCCUACAAUAGUGGAAGUUACACUCAGCAGUCAAGUGGUAGUGGAAGCACUCACUACUCGUCAGGCCCUCUGAGUCAGCAGAACACUGGAUACAGUGCCAGCACUUGGCGGGGGCGAGGAGGGGAACGUGGCCGAAGUUGGGGGCGUGGCCAGAGGGGCAGCUUUGGCAGGGGCUGGCGCCAGUACAGUGAUCACUGGUCACCUAGCAGUCAGAAUUCUGCCCCGCCCACAGGCCAGGACACAUUAAAGGCCAACCCAGAAGAUGUCUUUGACUGGUGGGUGGCACCAGCGACGAACAGCGAGCCGACCAUAGGGCCAGUUGGGGGCCACUUCAGUGGCCGGGAUGACCGUGGUGGACAUCCCCGCCAGCAUGAUGUCCACAGGGAUGACCACCGUCCCCACGAUGUGCGCAAAGAUGACCACCACAGUGACCGGUAUCGGAAUGUUAGGGAAGGGGACCGGUCAAGGUGGAGUCCUCAUGGUGGAAAAUCACCAAGGGCUCGAUGGGAGGACGACCGCACCUUACGCGGUGGCUCAAGUACCAACAAGACUCGGUCUUCCCUCCCGGAGCACCCAAGUCACACGCCACCCAAACGAAUCGCAGAGUCCAUCAACUUUCGGAGCAUCAACCCCCACAUGCCAGCUAACGUGGAAAGCCUGGUGCAGCAGCAGAUCCAGCUGAUGAUGUCGCCCCUCCUGGCCAAAACAGCCCCCCCACUCCCCCCGAGACAGUUCACCGUUCCACCGAUAAUCAGGGAUAAGCAGACAGAGCAGCCACAAUCCGAGCCAUCCCAUUCGACUGGUGGGAAAGACAAUCUUGACUCCAGGGGAGUCAAAGGGGACCAGAAGAGGGACAGCACCGAAGCUGGCUUGAAGGCUACUACCGAAAGGUCAUCCAGGUCCCGUUCUAGGUCACCAGUGAGAUCAAAAUUGAAGGAUGAGGAAAAAGAGGAGGCAGGUGGAGAAGGUGAAAAGAAAGUAAAACAGGACCGAGAAGAAGCUGAUGGGGAACAGAAGGAUGCAGUGGGGUCCGAAGACACCAUGGACACUGCCAACGCCAAGUUAAAUAAGCCAACAAUUCUGACAGAAGACGUUCCCUGUCAGUCACCCGAGAGUGGCAACAAGGACAAUAAGGAACAACCUGUUGAGAGCGGGCUUGAGGGUUACGAUUCCUCCAAGAAAUAUGGUGAAGAAUACAUUCGUGAGGUGACUGCUUUCCAGUGUUUCUUGUGUGGACGUCGUUUCUGGCAGCAGGAUGAGGUGGAACAUCACUGUCGGAGCCAGGGCCACUUCACCAACUAUCAGAUCCAACAGAAAUGCAAACUGAACCUAGAUGAGGACGAAGAUGACAGCAAUGACAAAUGAGAUCACGAGAGUAGUGGUCCUCACCAGGAGUCCUCACCAGGAGUCCUCACCAGUGUUGGUAAGAGCUCCACUCCUCUACACCUUCCGGAGGGCUGGGAAGUCCACUGCUUUGCAGUUAACCACCAGAAGACUUGAACAAGUCCAAGAGAUCGGACUCACUGUCACUGCAAUCAAAUAGCCGAUAAACUGUCUGUCAUAUCUCGGUAUAUGAUGUCACUUAUUCUUGCACUUUGGAUUGCACAUUGUGACAUGGAUUAAUUUUUUCAGCGAGUGCAAGGGAACAAUUCUUGCCUUUUUAAGCAAAUAUGAAGGUAUUACGUGCUUCAAGCCAAAGGCACCCAACUUUUAAAAAAUAUUUAUUGAAGGAGACAUUGGUGCUUACGUUAUUUGGAACGGAUAUUGCAGUUGAAGCACACAUUCUGAGCAUAAUUACUGUGCUUUUCAUUACUUAAAGUCAGAGCCUUGGUCUGGAAAAUUCUCUUGGUCUCGGCAUCUGCCUAGAAGAUAGUAAUAUCUGUGUCUACAAUGCAGCUCUUCUGUGAUCUUGAAAUUCAGGUCUGACCUCAUCACGACUCUAUAGAACUGUGUCUUCUCAUUUCACUGUUUAAUAAAGCUACAAACAGUGACAAAAUGUUAAUACGUGUGAUUGUUGUUGAUCUAAAAAAAUAUUCCUAGCAUGUGGGUGGCUGUUAAAUUGUGUUAUUUUGAUGGUCAGGAAAAGUGGUAUUCAAAAAUUCAGAAACAGUGCCACUCCUUUGUAGUAAAAUAUGCCAUUACAAGUUCUAAACAAGGACAUCACUGGCACACAUUAAAUUGGGCAAUUUAGACUGAAUAGAUUUGUUCCCUUUGAGAAUAAACUUAAAGAAAGGAUAUUAAUUCAAUAAGUUUGACAUGAAUUUCUGUAAUGACAUCACGACACCAAAAAGUAAUUUGUGUACAGGGUUGAGAAAAUGGAACAACUCAAUCAUCUUCAUGUGAAAACAAAAACCUUUCUGUGUAGUCUUAGAAUUACUUUCAUAUGUUUCCUUGUGUCAGUAUUUCAGCGUACAUGGAAUUGUAAAUAUGUGUGGCUGAUUUUUUUUCCUUUUCUGUGGUUGCAUUUCUCACUCCAGUUUUACCUUAUCAGUCCAUUAAGAAUUACUGCAAGGAGUGUUCCCUAAAUCCUAAAAAAAAUAUUAACAGUAUUCGGGUCAUUUAUGAUCUGAUAUAUGCAAACAGUUAUGGGCGGGAACAGUAUCGGUAGAGGGUGGAUGAAUUGUAGAAUUUUUGCCCUCCUUGAUGAAUAUAUUACUAAGUAAAGAAAAUAUGAAUAUGAAACUUACGUCAUUGGAUAGAGUAACAUGCGCCCUUUCAGAUGCCACCGAGAUUGCCGUGAUGCAAAAGCACACGUGACAGUACUAUGGGUAUUGGGUGAAUGAGCUUUACAGCCCCCCUUUCAUCAUCAGAAUGUCACAGAAACGUAAUCUCUUAGAGUUGCUUAGUGGGAGAUAUUGCAAGUUUUUUUGUCUGCUCAGCCAAGUAAUUGGUAGGGAACGAGUUACAGUCUACAUGGCAUGUCGUUUGGAACAGUAACCUGCUUUUACUGAGCGAAUAUUUGUGUGUGUGCUUGGCAGUUUUCCAUGCUGUUUCAGGCUACCUUGAAUCCAUUGUCUAUAGCCAGGUCCUAGUCUCAACUCUUCUACAGAAGUGCAGACAUACAGUGACAAUAGAUGUAGCCGUAGCUCUGGGAGCCCAUUUCAGACAUGGCUUCAGUCUUGCUCUGCACUAUUAACACUCCAUCCUUUCAGUUCAUUGGACUGUGUGCUAUUAAUUCUGCCUGUAUACCAGACUUCUGUGUGAAUUCAACCAUUACAUUUUGAUCCUUUCAUUUGCCAACUGAGGGCAAUUUUAUAAGGGUACCACAAAUACCUGUUGGUUUUAUGAUGUGAAUUGACAUAUUGAAGAAAUGGGGAAGCCAUCCUGAGAGGAAAGAACUGGUGUCAUACGUUAUUGAGUGCAAAACCAUUUUCAUUAGCCAAAGUUAAUUUCUUGGGCUCUUUAUUUUGUGCCUGGCAGCUAUUCAUUAAGUAAAUUGAAGUUUAAUAGAAUAAAAAAGCUGCACUGGGCCAAAAGGUGAAAUACUUACAGAAAUGGUCAAUUUUAUAGUGAGUGCACGCAUAUCAGAUGGUCUAAACAUAGCUUCAACACUGAUCCGAAGGGGAAAGCAGAAUUUUAACAAAUUCUACUCAUAUCUCUCUGUACAUUUCCAAUCAAAAUUUAUUUUUGGGCACUUUAAUGUCACCAUGGGUGUCAGUAAUAGUGAUUUGUUGGAGCUUUGGUUGUAGCAAAGGUUUUGUGAGUAGUGCAAUGAUUUAUUUUGUCAUUAAACUGUAAACAGUAUGGUAUGUUUCUCUUUGUGAUCAUUUUCAAAAGGAUGAAAGCUGUGAAAUUAAUGUCAUCAGCAACUAAACAGGCCUGCAGUCACAUUUGUAAUGCACAUUGUCAAUUCCUUCAGGAGUUGUGCACUGCACUAUUGGGCAGCCUGGGUGCUCUGAACCGUGAUACAGGUGCAUUGUGUGCAUAUUAAACAGCACUACUGCUGAGUGGCAUUUGUUCUUCAAAA